AUGGCCCGCGGCGCCGCGGCCUGUGCGAGCGACGCGCGGCUGCUGCUGGGCCGGGACGUGCUGCGGCCCGCGCCCGCGCUGCUGGCCCUCGCCGUGCUGCUGGGCGCCGCUCUCGGCCUCGGCCUCGGUCUGUGGCUCGGCUGCCGCGCGGGCCGCCUGCGCCCGCGACACCAGAAAGACGACACUCAACGUCUGCUCAAGAACCUGGAGCCUGGUGCACAGAGCCCCUCGGAGACCGGCUCCCCAUCCAGGAGGAGGAAGAGAGACGUGCAGCCRUCGAGGGACGCAGAGGCCCCAGAUGAGUAUGAGCCGUCCUUCAACAGCAACGUCACAGCAUUCGCCCUGAAGGCCAAAGUCAUCUACCCCAUCAAUCAGAAGUUCCGGCCCCUGGCUGAUGGCUCCUCCAACCCGUCCCURCACGAGCACCUGAAGCAGGCAGUCCUGCCGCACCAGCCCACCGAGGCCUCCCCGGCCAGCAGCCUGGGCAGCCUGAGCCAGGCCGAGAAGGACGACGGCAGCUCCUCAUCCAGCCUCCACUCGGCCAGCGACGACGGGUUCCUCGGCCGCAGCUUCCUGCGGGUGAGCAGCUUCCUAGAGGUGCUGGCCUGCGAGAGUGUGGACAUCGACCUGUGUGUCUACAGUCUUCACCUAAAAGACCUGCGGAGCCUGGACACGGCGUUGAGGCAGGAGAAGCACAUGAUGUUUAUUCAGAUUUUUAAAAUGUGCCUCCUGGACCUUCUUCCUAAGAAAAAGUCUGAUGACGAAUUAUAUCAGAAGAUUCUGUCAAAACAAGAACAGGAUCUGGAGGAAUUGGAAAAGGCACUUCAGGUCAAACUGUCGAGCACAGAAACGCCGGGCGCCAGCGACUCUGGGUACGUCACCCUGGCAGACGUGGAGAAGAAGGAGCGGGAGCACAGCGAGCAGCUCCUAGAUGACAUGGAAGCUUUCUGGAAACAGAUGGAAAACAUCCAGCACUUUCUUGUGGACCAAUUUAAAUGUUCCAGCUCCAAAGUGCGGCAGCUCAUGACAACGCUGACAGAGACAAUGAUUGCAGCCGAAGGGCUCUUGUGCACGUCUCAGGACCUGCAGGCUCUGGACGCCCUGGAGAGAGCCAUGGGGCGGGCGCACAUGGCAAAAGUGAUCGAGUUCCUGAGGAUGCAGAUCCAGGAGGAGACCAAGUGCCGACUGGCCGCCAUCUCCCGCGGCCUGGAGCUGCUGARCGUCCAGGGCAAGCUGUCCGGGCGGCAGAAGGAGGAGCUGCUGACCCAGCAGCACAAGGCCUUCUGGGAGGAGGCAGAGAGCUUCAGCAGGGAGUUUGUCCAGAGAGGCAAAGACCUGGUCAAGGYGUCCCUGGCUCGCCAGGCAGAGGGGACAGCAACGCUCAUGCUGGCCCAGGAAGAAGAACGGAGGGGCUUCCUGGCCAACUCCCGCCUGAACUCGGACCCCGAGGAGUUUCUCAAGGCCUUUCACGAGGUCCUGGAGCGGCAGAGGCUGAUGCGAAGUGACCUGGAGGAGGAAGAGGAAGUCAGAACCACAGAGGCCAUGGCUGCCCUCUGCCAGGAGCUGUACCGCGGCACCAUGGGCACUUUCCAGGGCUGUGUGGAUGCCCUGUUCCUGCAGACGCUGGGCGCCCGCGGCCUCCCCAGGGCGGAGUGUGAGGCCCUGAUGCAGGAGGUCCAGGAGGAYGCAGCACGGCGGCUGGGCAGGUCUGAUCGCUUCCGGAGGCGGCAGUGGGGACUCCUGCAGGAGCUGCUGGAGCRAGACCAGCAGGUGUGGAUGGAGGAGUGCGCGCUGUCCACGGUGCUGCAGGACCAGCUGAGGGACAACGACCAGCGCACCUUGCAGGGCGUCCUGAGCAGGCUGGGCGGCCUCACCGAAGAGUCCACGCGGGGCAUCCUGCAGGGGCACGAGCUGCUCCUGGGCUCCGCCCUCCGGAGGCUGGCCCUCCGCGGCAGCGCCGUCGCCACGCUGGCCCAGAUGAGGCUGUCUGGGAAGAAGAGCCUCCUGCAGGAGCUGCGUGAGCAGCAGGCGCUGGAGCAGGGCUCCUCCCACUGUCGGGAUGAGCAUCAGUGGCAGCUGCUCCAGGCCUUGGAGACACGAGUCCUGGAGGAGGCCGGCCGGCUGGAGGAGGAGGCGCAGCAGACGCGGCUGCAGCUCCAGCAGCAGCUGCUGGCCGAGGCCCAGGAAGCSGGGCAGCUCCUGCAGCAGCACUUGGAGCGAGCCAUCGGGCAGGCACUGCUGGGGCACGCACGGAAUGCGGCCACCAAGAGCCGGGCCAAGGACAGGGAUGACUUCAAGGGGACGCUGGUGGAGACGGUGGUGGAGAGCGUCUAUGCCACCAGCGCUGGCGUCGGCCCCCUGGUGCAGGCCUAUUACCAGCAAGUCGGGAGGGUGAUGCAGGACCAGGAAGAGAGGAAGCUACAGCUCCUGAAGACCCUGCAGGGCCACAGAAUGGACAGCUCCAAGCUACGGAGGAAGCAAGAACUCGGGGACCCCGGGCCGGAGGACCAGAUGACAGGCGGCGCUCAGGGAGCCUCCCAGGCUGUCCACCAGAGGUUGCUGUCGCAGCAGAGGCGGCUCCUGGCCCAGUUCACRGAGCACCAGCGGCUCCGCCUGGAGGCACAGAGGCAGAAGGCCCGGGUCCUGGACCAACUGGAGGCCCAGCUGGAGACGCAGCUGCAGGACGCRGAGCAGACCUUCAUCUCGGAGCUGGCAGCCUUGGCCCGCGUGCCCCUGGCAGAGAACAAASCGCUCUCCAGUAAGCGCGGGCUGCCAGAGAAGCCUCUACGGACCAAAAAGAAGAAGCCCCUGCCUCGGGAGAGAGGGGACCCAGGACUGCCCAGCGAUGGUGACCCUGCCUCGGGGGACCACGCCUCAGGGCCCCUCAGCAGCCAAAGGCCAGGUCAGCAAGAAGCCGAGGCUGGUGUCGGYGAGGACGGGAGGCAGGUGCUGAAGAGGAGCCAUCUGUAGCUCCAGGCUGCUGGGCAGGCCUGUGCCUGGGUGUGCCAGGCCUGUCCCCGCCACACCCUGGGGGACAUGGGGGCGGUUGUGAGAGAGGACGGAGGAGGGGGGACUGGCCAGACGGCCACACCUGAGAUGGUUGGGAGCUCCUCCUAGCCGGUUUMCAGCCCGCUCAGCUCCCUGACGAGGAGGCCUCCUGUGCCCAGCUCUGCCCGUGUCCUGAGGCUACCAGAACCUGYCUCCCACAAGCUGAGGUCACCUGGCACAGCCCUGGGCACUCUGCUCCCCAGCUUCUCCGCCCAGUGCUCCCAGGAGGGCCUCUCAGACUUGCUGUAUUUCCUGGAUCUGAGGCCAUUCCCUGGUCCCUCCAUCCCCCUCCACCCGCCAGUGGCUGCCCAGCAUGCCCAUGAGGACCACGUCCUUGCUUGGUACUUUCUGUCCUUCGACUCAGCCAGCACCAAGAACUGGUCACCAAGACAGUGCCUGCAUCCCGGGGCCAGCAACCCAGGACAGGCUGCUUCCUCAGCGCUUCCCGCUGUGACUAAAAGACCUGAUGAGAACRAUUUUAUGGRAGAAUUUAUUGGGGGCUCACGGUUUCAGAGGCUCAGUCYGUAGACACUGGCUCCACCUCGGGCUGCAGGUGAGGGGGACAUCAUGGGGAAGAGURUGGUGGAGGGCAGYAGCUCACACGAUGACCAGGAGGCAGAGAGAGACUCCGCUCUCCAGACACAAAUAUACACCCAGCGCCCCCUCCAGCCGCACCCACCUGCCGACAGGGAACACUCACCAAUCCCCUCAGGUGGGUGAUUCACUGAUGGGGUUCGGGCUCUCAUA